AUGCCGGUGAGAAUGAGAAUGAGAUGGACGGCGUAUGCUGGGGCGUCGACCGCCCUGGCUGCGGGCGUCAUCCUGAAAGCCCUGGCGCAGCGUCCCAACUUCUACUCCGCCGCCGUUUACCUCUCGCAGUCCUCUGCUAACCUGAUGAUCCUGACGAACCUCCUAUUUGUCAUCGCCUGCACCUUUCUGCUGGGACUUCAGAAGCUCCUCUAUGGAAACCUCCGACCAAUCGAGAUUGAACAGUUGUACGAAAAGGCGUGGUUUGCCGUUACCGAGACAUGUUUGGCCAUGACGGUUUUCCGCGGAGAGAUCGGACUCACCUUCCUCGCCAUGUUCUUCUCUCUGCUCACGGGAAAGGUCUGGGGUUGGAUUGGUGAAGGCCGGGUAGAGGUGCUGGAGCAACAACCGCCGCGAAACCCGAGAUUGUUCCACACGCGUCUGGCACUGAGCCUGGGGCUGAGUGUUGCUUUCGACCUGACCAUGCUGGAAUACGUUGUCAAACAAGUCAUGAGAAUGGCUCGGCCGGACAUGAUGGUCAUGUUCGGCUUCGAAUUCGCCGUGCUGUCGAUCACCAGCAUCAGUACCGCAAUGAGAUACGCAAUUGAUCUGAUCGAGAUUGGUAUCAUUCGUGAGCAGAAGAAGCAUCGGAUCGAAGAGAUCAAGCGGGAAAGAAUGCAAGCUGCGGUUACAGAAUUUCAGGAGACUCAGGGCGCACAAGCUGCCAGCACGCCCGCCUCCGAAACUUUGGACGCGACGGCAGCCUCACCAACGCCAACUCAGCGGACCCUGGACCAGGUAUCCCAAGAGGCCUUCAACCAACCGGUCGACGAGAAUGAGGUUGAAGUAGAGGGCUGGGAAGAAAAAGGUCGCUACAUGUUCUACCUCAACCUGGCCACGGAUUUCUUCAAACUUGUCAUUUACCUGGCAUUCUUCUUCAUCCUUCUUGUAUUCUACGGAUUACCCAUCCACAUCUUACGGGAUGUGUUCUUGACGAUGCGAUCAUUUUUGAAACGAAUUUCGGACUUCAUGAAGUACCGAACGGCGACGAGGGAUAUGAAUGCCCGCUAUCCGGAUGCCACGGCGGAGGAUAUUGGACGUGAGGAUGUCUGCAUAAUCUGCAGAGAGGAGAUGCGCCCUUAUGAACCAGGCGUCGCGCAGCCAGGCCAGCCACAGCCCCGACCGAACCCCGUGGCGGAGAGGAUGCGACCCAAGAAGCUCCCUUGUGGACAUGUUCUGCACUUUUCUUGUCUGAGAAGUUGGCUCGAGAGACAGCAGAUAUGUCCGACAUGCAGAGCAAAUGUCGUCCGGACAGAUGGGCCACGCGGUACAAAUGACGCUGGCGGGCAAGCUGAAGCCGGACAGGUGAAUGGUGGACAGCAUCCACCAGGCCCGAGACCAGGUCCACGAAUAUACCAGUUUGGUCCAUUGAGGAUUGGUGUCGGAGCUGCCCGCGGCAAUAAUAUGUUUGAAGAACUUCAACAACAGCUUGGAGAUGGGGCUGGCCCAGCACCGGAGGGACAAGUGGGCAACCCUGAUCCCAAUGCACCACGACAAGUUGGAGUAGGCCUGGGAUGGUCUGGGAGAAGACGUCGCCGAGCAGAUCAGAACCUGACAACCCCACAGCAGCUUGAUGCCUUGGCGGCACGAAUUCGACAAGAUGCCGAUGAGCUAGCUCGCUCGUCGACUGAGCUGAGUGUAUUGCGGUCAAUGCAAGCUGAACUCGAAAGGCUGAGAAGCCUGAGGCCCGGGGAGAGACAGGCGCAGACAGACACAACUGGUCAAAACGCACCACAGACCGCAAGGCCUGCUCUACCUCCACUUCCACACGUGUCGACACUGGUUGCAGACCAGCAGCAAAAUAUUUUGCAAGCAGGUAGCGACAGACUUCCUCCUGGUUUGACGCUACCAGAAGGCUGGACUAUGAUGCCUUUACGACCCUUGCAACCAGACCACCAGCAUCACGGCCAGAAUUUAGAUCCUCUUGGAGAUAUGGCUCCUCUGUUUCCACCAGCAUUUGGAGCGCCACCUUUCCCCGGUCCACUUGCCCAUCCCCACUACCUUGCACAGACACAGAGGUGGCCCCCUGCUAGUACACCAAGCAGUGGUCAAACAGGCAUUCCUCAGAUAGUUGGACUGCCGUUCACGGUGCCCGCGGCUCCAGAUCGAGAGCCGGGAGCCAUUUCCGCAGCUGAGCAUAUAGCGAACAUGGAGGCCCGACAAGCCCGGCAAGCAGCACGUCGAGGAACUCUUCAAACUCCCGAAGACAUCCAAGCCCGGACUCGGAGAGCUUUGAUGAAUAUGAGGGCCCGGGCUGCUCGACCGCAGCCCCCAACCAGUUCGAACCCAACAGUUACUGGUCUGAAUAGCGCUAUGCCCCAGGCUCCGUUUGAUACAUUUGGACAAAGUCCAGCAGCGGUAGUGAACGCGAAUCAGGAAGUGCCACAAGUCGAUCACCCUGCCGCUCAGCUUCCGACCGCGCAUUCUUUACCUUCUUGGGGCUCAUCAACACCCGAAACGACCACCCAUGCUCAGAACGAAGACGACAGUAGUGCUGGUCUCUCCGAGCCACGAGUCAACGGUAGCCAUGACCAGGCAGGUGAGGAUGGGGCAGCAGACGGACCAUCUCCAAAUGCGUCGCAGCCCAAGGACAGGCACGCAACGGUGGAAGAUGCGGACGAAGAUCUGGACCUGGAUUGA